CGGACGAAGAAUUGCGCGACGAAGAAAUGCCAUACGAAGAUUUGUCCUGGAAUCGACCAGGGUAUAUUGAGUGAAAGUACUGACUGCUGCUGGCUGCAGAAGAAACACUCAAACACUGGAUGUCAAUGUUGACAUGGAUCAAGACAUGGAUAUUAGCAUCAUCAUCCCAGUCCACAAUGCCGAGCGGUGGCUAGCUGCCUGCCUGCAGUCAGUAGCGGACCAGGACCAGGACCCCAGGCUCCGGGUGGAGGUGUCUGUAUAUCUAGACGGCAGCACUGACCAGUCAGCUGCCAUUUUGGAACAUUUCAGCUGCCAGCUGCGGCAGAAAGGAUACACAGUGGUUGUGUCCUCCGGUUCUCCUGCCCAUGGAGUCGGAUACGCCAAGAAUCGAGCUGUAGCUCAGAGCUCGGGACGUUUUCUUUGUUUUCUGGAUGCUGAUGAUGUGAUGAGACCCUGCCGUCUCCGAUGCCAACACGAGGAGGCUGCCAAAUUUCCGGAUGCGAUCGUUGGCGGCCGGUUUGUUCGUGACCCGGCAGACUCCACAGAACGCUACACCCGCUGGGCCAAUCAGCUGUCGCCACGUCAGCUGACGCAGCAGGUGGUGACGUCACACGGUCCGACAGUCAUCAUGCCCACCUGGUUCUGCAGUCGCGCCGUGUUUGAUCGCGUGGACGGGUUUGACGAAUCUGGUCGCGGCACUCCGGAGGACCUGAUAUUCUUCUACCGGCACCUGGACCUGGGCGGUACGGUACGCCGCGUACCCGACGAGGUACUGGUGUACCGGUACCACCCGGACGCGGCCACGUUCACCAUACACGAAGACACUAUCUGGGCGCUAAGGCUAGAAAGGCUCUGUCGACACUGGUUGGUCGACUGGACAGCCGGUUUUACCAUAUGGAACGCCGGAAAACAGGGAAGGAAACUGUACCGAAGCCUGCCCGACGAGCUAAGAGACAGGGUUCUGGCCUUUUGUGAUGUGGAUGAGCGCAAACUGCGCCAGGGAGUUUAUAUUUACGAGAACAGCGAGCUCAGGCCCAAACCACGAGUGCCCAUUGUGCAUUUCAGCAAGGCGCAAAAGCCGUUUGUAAUCUGUGUGAAAAUGGACCUUACGGGCGGGCAGUUUGAGAAGAACCUGGCGAGUUUGGGUUUGGAGGAGGCAAAAGACUAUGUGAUGUUCAGUUGAGUGUCUUUGGCGUUUUUUCAGGUAGGGUAUGUCUGUACAGACAUACCACUAAUGUGAUAUUAUGGUGCAUUGAUCAUUGGUAUAUCGCACUCCACAUUCGUCAACAUUACUGACGUCAUGCUUUGGAAACAGCUGAUACAUGCGUUUCCAAAGAUUAUCAUUGCAGAAUCCACUUGUUCAGCACUUGAAUGUAGAACUAUGUCGUUA